AUGACUUUAUACAUCGCUGGAUUUAUCGUAGCUCUGAUUUUAGCGCUAUUGGUCAUUGCAUGGAUAGCAUAUUGCAUGUUUGUAAAAGAGAAACACAAACCGGAGUUUUACCACCGCAAUAUAUCAGAUCUGCAACGCAGGAACGAGAUUCUUGGGGAGGUUGAGGAAACUACACCGCAGAAAAAAGAAAUCGGCGUUGGCAUCUUAGUUUUGCCUUCACGACAUAAGAACAAAGAUGAAAAAUUUGAAAAGAGACCUGAUUACCCAGAAAGUCCUAUACCAAUCUCAAUGCCCAGCACUGAUAAGUUGAUCGAGAUAUUAGAUGAUGGAGAUACUGAUGCCCACUACCGAGAUGGGAUCUACGAAGUCGAUUCUCCUUGUACAAGACACAGUGAAGUGUAA